GCACUGGAGCAACGUCGUUUAGCGCGGUGGUUCGUCGUCUUCCACAGGUCAAUUAUAGCCCCCGCUAAAAUGGGAAAAACCCUGAACCAGAAAUUGAUCGAAUUUGGGGAAAUGAGAUUGAAAGAUGGUGAGAGCGAGCUUCACUCUUCUCAAAGACGUCGCUGCGUCAACUGGAUUCGCCAAGUCUCUCUCUGAAUUUCUUGUUUGCCCUCUCUCCAAACAACCGCUCAGGUUCUGUGAAAAGACGAAUUCUCUCAUCAGCGAGGCCAUUGGCGUUUCCUUCCCCAUAAAGAAUGGGAUCCCUUGCCUCGUGCCGAAGGAUGGCAAGAUCCUGGGAAGUGAUGAUGUCGCAGAGUUGGCUUCCGGGAGCAGGAAUUCAUGAGGAGGUGGUCCCGGUGUCUGUUUCGAAGAAUUGAGAGAGACUGCGCAUGGCGAAAUAUGUUUUUCGCUAAUUUGUGCGGGUUCCUGAUCAUUGUUCGACUUCAGUGAGGAGUGUCAGUUCAUGUACGUUUGACUUGAUGCUGUUUUCAUCGAAAUCAACAGUUCUAUCCUCACAAUAUCUCUGUCUAAUUCAUGCAUCUUUUGGGAAGUAUUCUUGGCAAGUUCAAGAGAUGGUCGUGUUCUGGUGUAAUGCGAUGAAAGAACUGGAGCUGUGUCUUGCUAGACAUUGAUCAUACUAUAUAUCAUCAACUUUCAAUGAGAUGAUGCGUCCCCUUCA